UGGAGCAAAGCCAAUAUAAGAAGGGGAAUUGAGGCAACAGGCUGCUUAGUGUAGAAUACAUAGGUACUUGUUAUGUGCACGGGCCAAUAAAAUUACCUAAAGCUGUAUUAGAGAACCCUCGCCUUGUAUUGAUAGCGCGGGGCAAAUCUUUUGGUACCGAUAAGACAAUUUGAGACCCCACACUUUGAUCAGAAACUCUGACCUGAAAUUAUAAUUCCCAAAAACACAUUCAAAAACCGCCAUCAUCAACAUUCGAGGUCCCUAGGUACCUAAUUUAUCAAGAAAAUUACAAGUAAUAUACAUAACAGACACAGCGAAAAUGGCAUCCAAGGCUAGGGACUGGGCCGACGACGACGAGGGCGACGACGUCUUAGUGGAGCUUCCCCCUCCCCAAACCAUCCAGAACAAAGACGGUACCAAGACCACCAUCACCUACCGAUACAACGAGAACGGGCAAAAAGUCAAGACGACCCGACGGAUCCGCCUAGUGACGCACCGCGAGGUCGUCAACCCGCGCGUCGCCGAGCGCAAGACAUGGCAGAAAUUCGGGCUCUCGGAAAAAGACGGGGCGGGCCCGCAGAUGGACACGACGUCGGUGGGCGAGAACAUCAUCUUCCGGCUCAGCACGAACUGGCGCAAGGACACCAAGGAAGAGGCCAAGGACCCCAACGCCAACGCCAUGAAGGAGAAGCUCAAGGACAAGACGGUCAAGUGCCGUAUCUGCAACGGCGAACAUUUCACCGCGAGGUGUCCGUACAAGGAUACCAUGGCUCCCGUCGGCGCCGAGGGCGCUGCCGAUGUCGCUGCCGGCAUGGGAGAUGAGCCUUCGGCUGUUGCGGCGGGCGCUCCUGGCGCGGGCAAGAAGGGCAGUUAUGUCCCGCCGGCGCUGCGGGGAGACCGUGGCGCGGCUGGUGGCGAGAGGAUGGGCGGUGGAAAGUACGGCAGCGAGCGGGACGAUCUUGCUACGCUGCGUGUGACAAACGUCUCGGAAAUGGCAGAAGAGAACGAGCUCCGCGACAUGUUCGAGCGGUUCGGCCGCGUGACGCGCGUUUUCCUAGCCAAGGACCGCGAGACGGGGCUCGCCAAGGGCUUCGCGUUCAUCAGCUUCGCGGACCGCAGCGACGCCGUCAAGGCGUGCAACAAGAUGGACGGCUACGGUUUCAAGCAUCUCAUCCUGCGCGUCGAGUUCGCCAAGAAGGCUGCUUAGAGGACUAUCUAGUAGUUAGACAGUUAAGGGGCGCUUGGUCUGUGACUAUGCGAAGGGACGGGUGGUAUGGAAGGGCUUGGUAUUAAAGGCUUGCCAUGCUAGACGGUGCGAACAGAAUGAAUGGAUUUUAGGCACAGUAGGACACGGAUACCUAUUUAAAUUUAUUCAGCUCGUUACACAUGUCAUUCUCUGGGGAGAUGUCUUCUCCGCCGUGUUUACUUAGCCCAGCGUGGCUUAUUUCGAGGGUUGUUACGCAUGAUAUGAAUGCUAGGUUAUGUAAGGCAAGUAGGUAGGUAGAAUUAAUAUU